AUGCAGGACAAAGGAGGCGAGGCCGAGAGCUCCUUCACUUCACCACCUGCAAACGUGAGUCAAAGUCGAGCUUGUGAAGGCGCUGGCAAUAACAAUGACUAUGAUAACCUUCACCUCGCAUGUGAUUUGUCGCGGCGUCGCUGCCCAAAAUACCCGCCCCCACCAAAAUUAAGUCAACGGACAACUUCACGCUUCGACGCGCAGAAGUCUUUCCUUCCUUCUCUCCCCAUGAAAACGACACCUUCCUAUUCACUCUGCCAAUCGCACUGCCCUACGAGCAACGCUUCAUCUGCUUACCCCUGCCUUUUCGUGACAUGUGGAGAGGGAGUAAAUAUUUUCGAUGAUACAUUCAUGCUUCAAAACGUCCGACGCGCGACUCUUAGGGACCUGUGUAUUGGUAGCGCCAACGGGGGAAAGAUUGAAGGCUAUCGCAUCACUGCCGCGUGCUGGAUAGAACCCACCGGCACGAGUGUAUACACAAUCUUCAGAGCUGCUCUUGCACCGUGA